AGCUAGCUACAGAUACCGAAUACCAUCAAGCGGAACGACAAUCGUUGGGGAAAUUUCACCAGACGGACUUAUUCUCAUGUGACACCGAUGGUACAUUUUCCUGAGCGCAACGCUGAACAGAAAAUUCUAACAGAUGCCUUUCGACGGAAAACCUGCAACGCUGGACGUGAUAGCAUGGCAGAGGAAAGGCUGCUGUUUAUAGAUAUUGAACCAAACUCAAACAGCUCAGGUCCUGUCGACGACAGAGCUGAGAAGCCCCUCGACACUUUCAGAUUUAACUUCCUCCCUGACAACGCUCCAGCACUUCAAGAGAAACCAUCUCCAUCAGUCAAACCAGGAGUGAGCCAAAUAUCCUCUACAGGACAGGGCGCUGCUUUUGCCUUCAACUUUCAAUUUCCUCCUGUGGAAAACAUGGAGACGACAGAGAGCCCAGACAUUUCCUCUCCAAGCAGGCAACACGGUGUCCAAGAGGAAAAGCCUUCCCCACUGCAGGAGGUCAACUCUCCACCUGAGCCGUCAGCGGAAAAAUCAAAAGCGAAGAAGAAGAAGAAGAAAUCUGGAAAGAAAAACCUCUCUGACAGCGCGGAGGCACAGCAGACGGCAAGUCCAGCUGAGGGGAGUCAAGGCGGCAAAGACGCAGAGCCGAGUGCAGAGGAGCAGCUGAACAGACAGCUGGACUGGUGCAUGGAGCAGCUGGAAUUGGGAAUGGGGUCCCAAAAGAGUACACCAAAACAGAAAGAGGAAGCCUCUCGUGGCCUGAAGACUCUACGGAGCUCGAAAGCUCCUCUGGCCAAGAAGAGGCAGGUGAUGAGAGCCAUGACCGGAGAUUACAGGAAAAAAAUGGAUGAGGAGAAGAGCAAGCAGUACAAACUCAUUCAGAGUGAAAUUGCUUCAGCUCAGGUCAAAGUUGUUUCAGAUUCUCCAAAGAAGUCAUUUUUCCACCGGAGAGCUGAGGUCAAAAAGCAGACACCAGCCACAGAGGAGAACCUGGAUGCUGCCCAGGAUACAGACCUGAAAGCACAGACGCAGGAGCAGACGUCAGCUUUUGUCUUUACUUCAUCAAAGGAGGAGUUUCACUUCAAUUUUCUCUGAUUUGCACCCAGGAGACACCAUACGUCAUGUUGGACUGUGACUGUGGGCUGCAUUGGAAAUAAUGGGAGAAAAACAACUGCUUUUAGCUGUUUUAGCUGCAUGUAGCGAAUAUCUAAAUAAAGGAUUUUGUUUUUAUAAAAAGUUGCUUGGUAAUUAUUGCUUUUAUACAUGUCAAACCUCUGAAGGGGUAGUUAGUAAGUGGCAGUCUGAAUAUGAACAUUUAUAUUCACAACAUCAUCCCCAAAUACAUUUAUUAGUUGAGAAAAUGUUUUGUGAACAGUCACUUAAUCAUAGCAUUACAGUGCCAUUCAUUAGUUAGCUUGUGACAACCCAAAUAAAGCUGUCUACUUGUGACCAAUCUUUAGUUUGGACUGUGAGUUUAUCUCGUAUCCCUGAUCUGCUGAUUCAUCAGAUAUUUUUAGGGAUCCCUUGAGGGG